AAAGCCAAUCGCUCAUGCGCAUCUAGACAAUCAGUGUGCCUGCACUAAUUGUUCUCAUCACAUGAGACGUCGGGAUGGACACAUCAAUCGUCAUUGAGAAUCCUUUGGAUACCCAGGGCAGUCAAUCUUCCAGUACUUUAGCUAAAGAUUUUUCAAUAAAGAGUUGUGAGAAGUACAUUUUAAGGUCCAGGUUAUCCUUCCUUACACAAUCACUAAUUUUUAGCCCUCAAUCAGCUAUUAAAGACAUCUAAAAGUCCACCGUUUCAUGCCAUUAGUUCUCAGGCGCCCCAGAAGAGAUUGAAGGCACUUCUGGAAAUGAGUAUAUAACCAUCGUCCGGACCUUACUCGACCUCGCGGCUAAGACUCAUUCCACUCGAGUUAAGAAGAGAGAUCUGGAAAUAUCUCUUAUUUAAUCCUGAUCUGGGAAGAGCCUCGUCCAUAUUAAGGAAGGACGGCUAUGGCGCCAAAGCCAAGUAUGGACUCGCACCUGUUAUUCUACGCGUUUGCAAGCAGUUUCAUGAAGAAGGAAUGCAGGUACUAUAUGGAGAAAACCAAUUCCUGAUAGAAUGUGUCAAGGGAGAUUGGAAUCGUGAUGUCCACUAUACUGCGUUGACAAGGUAUAUCGAGCGUCUACGUUUUUAUUCCAAGACUCAGUUAUCUAGUAAUCGGUUGGGGCUUACGCCUGGGUUAAAGUGUGUUAAGCAUUGGAAGGUACUAAUAGCUCCACUACGCCGUAAUAUGCGAAUCAAACUUAUAGAAUUCUGUCGCUCCAUAUGUCACAAUCAGGUCAAGUCGAUAGAAGUUGCUAUCAUUACGUGGGGAGACGCGACUCGUCGGCGCUCUGAUCACUAGAUUAAAAUAGGGUCAUAUUCUGACUGGUCAGAAGAAUGGUUUGCCGACUCUCCAACGGCUGAGAAUAUACAAGAAGUUUUAUUUCCCUUGGAAAUGCUUCGAAGCAUUGGCGGAGUCUGCAUUCGUGAAGCAAAAUUAAACGAAAUGCCUGAUUUUGCUUGGGAGAGUGAGAGACAAGAUUGAUUUGGGAGACAAAGAUAUCAUCGAAACCACCUGGUUUAAGCGGGAGCGGUCGAACAUUUUGAAGUACUUGGAACGUCAACUUGGCAAAAUAAGCACCGCAUAAUAUGAGGUGGUGGGGUUUGUCAAACGCGAAAAGAGAGAAAGGGGUAUAUUUGACCCUACCUGUGUCAACGACCUCUUCUUUGACUUAAAUGUGCAUACUGAGGCUAUUUCAUUUCUCGAAGAGUACGCCGCUUCAUUUAAUCGCGAGCUUGAUACAACAACCAAGAGGGCUGUGCGGGCUCAACAUGGUCUUUUUGAGCCCUGGUAUAAUUCAAUGUCAAGAGAAGUUAGGCUCGAAUAAUGCAGGAUGACAUACAAGAUGAAGGAUGCUGUUGGUUUUCGAGCAUAUUUUCGGGAUGUUGUUUGCGAUAUGCAGUUUCAAGACUUCGAGAUACUCAAAGCUAGGGCUUUGCUUUACGACUGGGAUUUGAGAGGAAAUAUUGCUGAUAUCAAAAUUACACCGUUAAUGGAACCGAAUGACUAGCAUAUUCGUUGCGAUUUCUCAGAGCCAGAAAUCACAGUUCCAAAAGAAUCACAGAUGCUUUGCAUCGAGCAGAACAUUCAGAAUCAAAUCGCGUAUGACAAGUUCUUAGCACAGCAACUCGCGAAUGAAGAAACAGGGUUUGAUUUUCCCCAGGGUAUUGAGAACGCGAGUUUUACAGACGGAGAAGAGAUUUGCGAUCACAGCACGGAUGUCUAGAAUGAUAGUAAUAGAGUUAAAGAGAGUAAUUUAAUUGAUAUGGAAAUUUGUGAUGUUAAUAUGGCAGGCUGGAUAUCGUUACCCUUCUAUGACCAAGACGAUUGUUUUUCGUCAAUUUACCAAAUGGACGACAAUCAAUUUCAUUUAACCUCUACUCAUACUGCUGCUGCUGGUUAUCGAUAAAGAUUCAGAAAUGAUGAGAGCUUGUCUUCACAGUAUGAGGAUGAUGGUGAUGAUGAUGAAGUCGCCGAGAGUAUCCAAGAGCACAUCAACUGCGGCGAUUCCCCAUCAGGGCCAAAGGUUGCAACUAAGAACGGAUUCUC